AUGGCUAUUGAAAUGAUUAACAACACCAACAUAGUUAUUACUUCGCCCACGAAACCGGCGUCAUAUGAAUUUGCCUACCGUCAGACAAGCACCGAGGGUAAAACCCCUAGACCCAGUCUCACAACUUUUCGCGCUCCAUCAUACAUCAACGUGGAGAGCUGGGACUACACAGCAGAGUUCUACGAUGACGAGAUUCUAGCUGGCGAGCAACUAGCUGACCAAUGUGAUGCUAUUAUCCUACAACCCGUUGAUCUAUCCAGACGCACGUGUAGGAGACUCCAGCAAUCGUUUGUCGAAAACGUUCUUCGUUGGACUCCAAUUUUCGACCAGCAAAGUUGCAUAGAUGCGCUCGAGCAGGCAGAGUCAAAAGAAUUUUCAUCUUCUGAUGCACAAACGAGCCUGGCGUUUUUGAUGUUGGCUCUCGGUGCUAUAGCCGAAGACAAGCGUUGUGAUUCAAACAGCUUCACCCCAGGGCUCGAAUACUUUUCACGUGGUUGUCGUAUUCUCGAGCGUUUGUCAUUUCGAAUCGGAAACCUCACUCACCUCCAGUGUCGAAUACUCCAGGCUUCUUUUUUCAAGUUUGCCAUCAGGCCUCUCCAGACUUGGAACUACAUCACACAAGCCGCGCGGGACUGCAUGCAUAUCUUGAGCUCAAAGACGAUGCAACGCUUCAACUCAGUAGACCAGGAAGCGUUCAACCGAGCCUUAUGGGCUUGCUCGACAAUCUUGCAUGAGGUUGAAGCGACAUGCAAGAUGCACCCAAUUGGACUCCGUCACUUCCAUGAACUUGUUCCUCUUCCGCAAUUUGAGGAAGAAGACUCUGGUUUCUACUUCUUCCUGGCUCAGAUUAGUCUGAGAAAAUUCUUGACACAGACUCUAGAAGUUGUUGGCUAUUCUACAGGACAAGUCAUAUUCGCACCCGUUGUCAUUGGUGAGCUGCGCAAGCAAGUGCGAGAGUGGUACGAUCAUCUGCCUCUGGUUGUACGAUUCCCAUUAGACACUACACCACUUUUCGAUUCUAGAAAAUCUUUCCUGAGAAUCCAGUAUCUCGCUUUACACGUAGUCCUUGGCUGGCCGUCGGUCUUAAGGAUCCUCGAAAACAACAAAGCAGAAGUGGUGAGCAAGGACCAAGAACCUAUGGUCACUACAAGAGAGCAUGCGCGAAGCUGUAUGGAGAGCUCUGCGUUGCUUCUAAGUAUAGCCAACGAGCAGCUCAUGGAGAGGAAAAUGGGAACUCAUUUCACACUCUAUCCGUAG